AUGCUGACACUGGUUCAUUGCAGCAUGGCUCAUAACAUGAUGAACCCCUUUCGGAAUUGGGCAACCGUCGUUGACUGCGGCGAUAUCGCCAACUCUCUAUUCGACAAGCUCGAAGCGGUCCACGAUCUGCAGGCUGGCUUGGGCAGAAUGGCUUCCAGAGUUCCCAAGACAGCAGAGAAAGGCGACAGCGUACGACUCAUCACCAUUGGCGGCGACCACACCAUCACCCUGCCGUCUCUGAGAGCCCUCUAUCCCGUUUGGGGAGAAGUGGCAGUCAUCCACUUUGAUGCCCAUAUCGACACGUGGAACCCGCGACAGUGGGGAGGCGGCAUCAAUAAGUACGACGAGAUCACGCACGGGACGCUGUUGCACUUUGCCCAUGAAGAGGGCUUAUUGAAGAACGACAGCAGCAUCCAUGUCGGUACCCGUGCACUGCUCUUCGACGAGACCGAAGAUCUUCGGCAUGAUGCCGAGUGCGGCUUCCAAAACAUCUUGGCUACAGACAUGGACUCCAUUGGGGUUGGAGCCAUCGUUGAGCGCAUCGUCGAAAGAGUCGGCGAUAGCCCAACUUACGUAACGAUCGACAUUGACGUACUUGACGCGGCUUUUGCCCCAGCCACGGGAUGUACGGAAAUCGGAGGAUGGACUACACGGGAGCUAGCAGCAGUCCUUAGAGGUCUCAGUGCCGCGGGUGUUCAUAUUAUAGGAGCAGAUAUUGCUGAGCUGUCACCAGUCUAUGACAAUGUUGCACAGACAACUGCUACGGCGGUGGCGCAACUCGCCUUUGAGAUUUUGGCCUGGAUGGUUAAAGUCCCGGUAAAGGCAAAGAAGGGUCGAGUGGAGCUUGAGCUUUAA